AUGAAUUUACAUCAUCAACAUGCGACAAUCUAUGCAUCGGCUCCUAAACUUGUCGAGCCCUUUCUAAGUGCUCCUCGUUCAACAACAGAUCGAAAUGAUUUCAUAUCUUCGCUUGUUCAUACUCUAGUACAGUCUGAUAGUGCUAAACAGUCAUCCUUAGUUGAAUCUCUUCGACAUCAACAGCAAAUUAUCGGUACCAAUUCGAAAAAUAUUCAUCAAUUCUCUCGACAAAAACGCAAACAUCUAUCGCGCAAAGGAAAUAAAUUGCUAUCGAAAACAAUAAAAAAAGUUCGUCAUGAUGCACAACAACUACGUAAAACAGAACUUCAAACCGAUUAUAAGAAUUAUUUAUUCAUGAAUGAUCUAUGGAAACAAUAUACAAGUGAAUUAUUAAAAGAUGCAACAAAUAAUGAAAAUAUUCUUCAACGUAUUCUCACGGCUGAUUAUCAUGGCUGUAUAAUACGAGUGGACAAAGCAAAAAAUCGAUCGUUACUAGGAAAAGAAGGCAUUGUUAUUCAAGAAACGAAGAAUAUAUUUGUUAUUAUUGAUAAAACUAAAAAUCGAAAAUGUUCAAUAUUGAAAAAAGAUUGCCUCUUCGCAAUAGAUAUCACUGUUAAACAUAAACAACAGACAGUAUUUUUACCAGGUGCAGCUAUUGCUGUACGUCCAGAACAACGUGGUCAAAAACGAUCGACUACUAUUGAAUAUAUGCAUGAAUUUUGUUAA